UGUCUAGGAGAGGCUCGAAGGAAACAUGCUUAUUGUGUAUACUGCUGACCGAUUUAAUGCUGGCGUCAAUGACUGCCGUUGUCAAGACAUCAAAGGCGGCAGAUUUAUAUUUAAGAUUUAAACAAUACAAACUUAACGAAAAUGUGUUGAAUUCUUUCCAAAAUUUUGGUGCAGCACCUGUCUUUUAAUAAAAUUAAUGCUGAUUUAGGCGCUUCACGUCUUUGGUGCUUGUCGAUUUGUACGUGAGUGCUAUCUGAUACAUCUUUGAUCGUCUAUUUUCUCAUUUGUUUUGCUUUCAUUUGCUGUAAGUUAAAAGCAGUUCAAGCUCAAGAAACUAUCUUGUGGUGCAAGGGGAAUCUUGUUUAAUACAAAAAGAAGUUUAAAAUUAGUAUACAGCGAUCCAAGCUUCACAUUGAAGUAUUAAAUUCUCCAAGAAAUAUUUAACAACGAUGGCAGCUGAUAAACAAUUGUCCGGGACAGAAAUUCUUGAAAAACUCGAGAGAGUUGGAAAUCUAGAAUCUGUAAUUACAGAACAACGUAUGAGAAUGGAAAAACUGAAAACGACAUAUGAGAUGUUGAAGGCUGAGCACAUUCAGCUCCAAGAGCAAAAUGAACGCAGUGAACGAGCAGCUGUUGAGGCAAAGGAAGAAAUAAAAGAAGUACAACGUCAAUGUCAGGAGAUUGUCACUAAAGCAAGAGCAGAGAAAGAUAGCAAGAUACAGGAAUGUGAAGAGCUUCGAUUACAAGUUCUGACUCCUAAGAAAAUGGAAAUAUGGAAAAUGAGAUUGCAAAGUGAAAUUGAAGAACCUUAUAGAAAGAGAGUUGAAAUGUUAGAGAAUGAAUUACAGAGAAGCAAAAGUGAUUACAACAAAAUGCGCUAUGACUACUCAUUUUUAAAGUCAGAGUACGAACAUGAACACAUUCAAUAUCAGAGAAUGAUGGAAGAACUAAGAGCUCAAUUUCAAACACAGCUUGAAAAUUUGCAACAAGAACAUGACAAACUUAUAAAAAAACAAGAAGAAGUUAAUGAUACACAGCGUUUGAGAGUGUUACAGCGAGAAAAUACUCAGCUUAAUCUUAAAGUGAAAAGUUUGAUUCACGAACUAGAGGAAAUGAGAGAGAAACAUGAAACAGCCGGUUUACAAUCUGAUCAUGUUUCUAAACUUCAAGCCCGUCAAUUGGUAGAGGCGACGUCUCACUGCAAGGAGUUAGAGACAAAUGUCGAGUCGUUGAAAUCUCAAUGUGAACGUCUCCAGAAAGAUAAAGAAAUAAAUGAAAAACAGCAGGACGACUUUGCAGAGCAAGUUUUCGAACUUGAAAAAGAACGAAAUACAUUGAAAAGUAAAAUCGAGGAGAGCGAACAUAAACACAGAGUUGAGUUGUCAAAUGUUAAAAUGGAGUUGACGAAGAGCAGAGGAGAUUUAGAACGAGAAAGAGACCAUUUGAAAUUAGAAUGCGAUUCAUUAAAAAAUAAAGUAACUGUUUUAGACAACACCGUUGAACAUCUGAACAGUAUCGUUACAGAGAAGGAAAAGGAAACUUGCAAACGUGAACAGGCAGUCAAAGAAAAAGAAUGGGAUAAAUUAAAUAAAAUGGAACAAGACAAUUUAGAAUUACAGGCGACAAUAUCAGAGUUGGAAAGGACAAAAGGUGAAGAGAAGAUUUCUCAUCACGAUGAAGUGCGCAAACUUGAAGAGGAGUUGAGGUCCAUUAAUGAAAUAAAGGACAUUUUGGAGACAGAAACGUCCAGCUUGCGUCUUCAAGUAAAACAACACAAAAAUUAUUUCGAUGAAUUGGAAAAGGAAAAGUUAAAAAAUCAAGAAAUGAAAGAAAAACAACAAAAACUUCAAACAGAACUGCAAAGUGUACUUAACAGCGAACAGCAGUUAAUGGCGUCGAAUGAUAGAUUAAAAAACAUGGUGGAUGUAUUAAAUGAUGAAAUUGGCGUUGCACGAUCUGAUUUACAACAAGCUCAGACACAACACGAAAAGAACAAAGAAAAAAACAAGAAAUUGCUGAUGGAAGAGAGAAGUCACUGGAGAAGGUGCAAAAGCAAAAAGAGGAAAAAUUGUUGAAUAGUUAAAUGUGGUAAAAAAAUAGAAAUUUUAACGAAGAAACGAGCGAAAUCUAAAAAUGAAAUAAAGGAAAUAAAGGAAAGCAUGAAAAUCUUACAAGCAAAGGAAGAUGUGGCGAAGGCUGAAACUGAAGCUGUUCGAAAAAGGUUGGAGGCCGAGAAUCAAAGACUGAGAAAACAGUUUGAUAGACUCAAAAAACGCCAAGUUGAUUUUAGAAAUGUGUUAAAUAAUACUGGCCACGAUCUUCGUCAUGCAUUUACAAGCACACCGCUCAAACUGCCUUCAUAUUUAAUUGACGAAGAUCAACGCCAGCGUGAUAUUUUGACAGUGCGAGAGAACCUGGAUGAAAUAUCCGAGAGCCUGCACAGACAAACUGAUAAUUUUGGUUCAUACACUAAUCUCACUACAGCUACGAACUUCCAUGAAAAUAAGUAAGGCAUUUCUACUGUUUUAUCACUGCAAUCUCAUCUGCGUUACGAUGCAUGAAGGUUGACGGGAGUUAGUGUCGAGAAAAAUGAAAAUUGUUAAAACAACUGGAUCGUUGACGAAAGGCAAAUUGUAGUGUAAGUUUUGUUUUGACGUGGAAAAGUCCAAUUUACCAUACAAGGAAAAAUGGUAGCAGUUUCCUUACGUUGUACAAAAAUUAAAACACAGGGUCACAUUAACGAUACAUGACCAUGCUAAUACAUGCUAUUGUAUUCACACAAGUAAACAUUCGUUUAUUCUUAUGAUAGUCGACGAGUAUGUUUACUGUUCUUUAUAGUAUGAAGCUCAAGGCUUUAAUGUAUUGCAGAUGACACAUAUCGAUCGUGUAUGAAAAUAUAAGUAUGAAGAACAUAGUUCUCCUGAAAA